CUGACAGGGCGUAGUGUUACCUGGUGUUACCUACACUUUAUCGGAGGAAAAAAAUAAGAAAUGGGCGAAUGUUGCCCGUAAUAGUCGAUAUUCUGUGAAUUAAUAAAUUUCAAUGAUUGUGAAACAAGUAAUAAACCUUCGACAAAUACUUUUAGAACGAGUUAAAUGUUUAUUGUUGGUUUGAUGGUUAUAAUCGUUGUAACGACGAAUUUCUUUUCUUCGAAGGAUUAGCAAAAUUAAUGGGGAAUGAAAUAAGUGCCCUUAACGGGCUAGAAAUUGAUGAAAAAUCUGUGGAAGUAACAGAUUUUUGGGUGCAUUAUACAGCCUGUGUGAAUGGUUAUGGUGCACAAAAAGUGUCCCUUUUUAUCAGUGAACCAUCUUUGCAUUAUAGCGCAAAUUUUGGAAAUCCAUCUCCUUUAGAAAAAGCUGCAAAGAAUUUAAUGUUAUAUAGACAUCCUUGUAUACUCAAGUAUGUUUCUUCGUGGUCUAAAGGCAGUAAAUUUUUCCUUACCACCGAACACGUUAAACCUCUGAUUCAAUCAAUACAAACACAAAGUACUCUGCAAAUAUGUAUGGGCUUAUACAGCAUUUUACGUGCAUUAGUAUUUCUUCAUGAAAAAGCAUCUGCAUCCCAUAACAACAUUUGCGGAAGUUCUAUUUAUGUUACGUCGGAAGGAUGUUGGAAACUUGGUGGAUUAGAAUGUCUAUGUAAAUCUAAGGAAUUAACUUCUAUUUAUUUAAAAAAGAUUAGAAGCUACAGGUAUGAGAGAGCAAUAUCAGCUGACGAAGAUGCAACAGUUUCAUCUGCAAGUUACUCGACCAUCGAUGCAUAUGCAUUUGGAAUUUUGGCUGAGGACAUACUAAAAUUAAAAGAUUCAGAAGAUGUCCCAAGUCUCCUAGAAUUUAAACAAUUUUGCAAGGAAAAUUUGCAAAAUUCAGAUCCAUGCUUGAGAAGCGAAUUAUCAAGUGUGCUUCGGCAUCCAUUUUUUACCCAUGAUUUUAUGCGAAUACAUGCAUUUUUAGAGGAACUGCCCUUAAAGAACAGUCUAGAGAAAGAAAUAUUUUUUGGAACCUUAAUAAUGCAAUUACGAAAAUUUCCUGAAAGUAUUGUCGCGGAACAAUUAGGCCGAUUAUUACUUUCUAGGAUGGUUUUAUUAGAUGAAACAGCACAGGAAAAACUUCUGCCAUUUGUCUUAAAACCAAGAGAUGGGAAAGACAAAAUGGACAAUAAUCUGUUUGCAAUUUCAACAUUCAAAGUUUACUUAGUACCUAAACUGUUGCAAAUGUUUUGUAUAAGAGAUGUGUCAAUUCGUUUAGUCCUGUUAUCGCAUUUGAAUUCGUUUGUUCAUACAUUUCAAGUGGAUGAACUGAAAUCCCAAGUACUUCCAGAAUUACUUGUUGGAAUUAAAGAUACUAACGAUCAUCUUGUGUCCGCAACAUUAAAAGCAUUGGCCGAUAUAGUUCCGAUCCUAGGUGCGGCCACUGUGAUUGGUGGAAACAGAGGGAAAUUAUUUACAGAUGGUCGACCAAACAAAGUAAAAGAAACUGGACAAGAUAAUAACAGUACCUCAUCUUUUACAAAUAUUGUUGAAUUUACAGCCCCUAUGAGCGAUGACAAAAAAACAGUUCAAUUACCGGAAAGACCAUCACCAGACGGAGGUGAAGAUAGAAAGGAAAUCAUGUCUUCCAUUACUGAAGAAGAAUAUACAUGGUCUGAUUGGGAUACGCAAGAAACCACUACUGGAGACAUACAUCUUUGUGUUUCAAGAUCUCCUGACAUAAUUUGUCAAUCUAAUGAGAUUUCAACUGUGGAUUCAACAUUAACGAUUGAAACAGAUUCAGACAAAAUAUUAAAUAUAGACAAAGCCAAAAUAAUUGAAUCUAAAUUGCCAAAGAAAUCGAUUAUUUUAUCCGAUAUUUCAGAGCUUGAUAUCAAGAAUUCAAAACUGACCAAUUCUGCCAAGGAAGAGUACGAUUUCUUCACAGAUAUGGAACCUGUAAUAAAAAAAACACAAGUCUUGCAUGUACAACAACCGCAAAUACUACCAAAAAGUGUAUUUGACAUAAAAGUAUUAACCGAACUAGAAGCAACCGAAGAAAAUGAUGGUUGGGACGAUGAUUUAAGUGAUUGGGGAACAGAAGAUGCUCAAGAAUUGAAAAUUUAAGAAAAAUUUACUGUUUUUGAUCGUAUUUAUUAUACAAUGUGUAAAAAUGGAAUUAUUUAUCGUAGCUUUCACAGAUGAAUCUAUGCAUCUGAAUCCAUGCAAAGCUGUUAAAAAAAAUAAUUGUAAAAUUCAUCUUGACUGUGAAAUUGAACGUUGAAUUUUUUAUUUGCUUCUGUAUAAACUACUCUACAAAAAAAAAAAAUAAAAAGUUUACAGAAAUUGGUACAGUUUUUGCUAAUAAAUUAGGUUGUAUAAAAUUGCUUCUCACCAAAAAGCACUUCUGUUUUGCAUCCUUGAAUUCAAAGUCAAGCUGAAUUUUUUAACAAAUUUUAGUAAGAAAUAUUUUGUACAUCCUACCACAGCUGAAUCUCUUACGAAUUACGCUGAACGAGAGGCAGUAAAUCUGUUAGAGUAUGAUUUUGCACUGGAUAACAGAUGUAUAAAUGCUGCGUACUUUCAAGUGUAAAAUCAAACUCGCGGUUUUACUGUUUCUCGUUUAGCGUGACUAGUACCAGAGUCGGCCGUGGCGCUACACGUAUGAAAAAUAAGAUACUUAUUAACAUUUGGUUAACUGUAUCUAAUUAAACCAAAAGAAUACUAGUCCCUUAAUCGUAAUCAUUAUAUGUGUACAGUAAAGUUUUGUCAAUAAUUUUCAAGCGA